AUGGAUGGAUUUAAGGAUACGUUGUGUAGAAUUGAUGAAAAAAAUGUAGAAAAUUUAUCACAAAUCAAAAAUGCAUUAGUGGAGAUUUUAAAAAGACACUACAACGACAAUAUCGACACAUUGGAUUUAUGUAAGCCAUUUAAAGAGUUUCGUCUGAACGAAAUAUAUAAAUUGCAGGGGGAAAAGAUAGAACUUUUGAAGAAGAUAAAAAAGAGAAAGUUGAAUAAGAGCGAAGAGGAGUUGGUCCGUCGUUUGAUGAGUGAGGUUCAGGAAUAUGAAGGGGGCUAUUCUUUAAAGGAUAAAGCGAAAGCUACUAGAGAUAUUGCAAAAUUAUUGAAAAAACAAUUGCAAAGAGAUAAUUCAAUAAGUUCAUUAAAUACAAACUUCUCGUUUCAAGAAUCUCCAAAUCAUCUCAAAUUACCAGCAGUAAAUCCAGGAUCUAUAAAUAGCGAUCAAAGAAAGCAUCAUUCAAUUGAUUACUCAAAAACUAUAAGACCUGGUAUUUGUGCUGUACCACAAGGGCCGACAUCAAAGGCUUUAAACGCUAUUCCAUCGCUAUCACAAAUGCAGACAACAGAUACUUUCCCACAUCCUAAAUUGCCUACUAUGAGUCUAGUAAAAUCUCAUCCACAUCAUAACUCACAUAUGUACGCAAAUGAACAAUCUAGACGUGUACCAUACCCAUGUAUUAACAUCGAAAGAUCGAAAUUUCCUAUGGAGCGUUCACCUAUACCACCGAUUCCAGAUAAUUCAUUCCCUUAUAUCCAUCUGAAAUGA